AUGACAGCAUUUGGUAAGAACUACACCAUAGUCAUUUUUGGUGCAAGUGGAGAUUUAGCAGCAAAGAAGACCUUCCCGGCGCUUUUUGGGUUGUUCAGGGAGAAGCAAUUGAGCCCCGAAUGUCAGAUCAUUGGCUAUGCCAGAUCAGACUUGGGCCCCGAAAAGUUCCACGACAAGAUUUCCCAGCAUUUCAAAGGCGGCGACGACGAAACUAGACAAAAGUUUUUGAAACUUUGCACUUAUGUUAGGGGCCAGUACGACACAGAUGAAGGGUACAAGAAACUAGACGAGAGAUGCGUUGAGUAUGAAAAAGAGCACCAAGUGAAAAGACCCGAGCGGUUGUUUUACUUGGCUUUGCCUCCAUCGCAAUUCACCGAGGUUUGCGAACACAUCAAGAAGGAUGUUUAUGUCAAGGAUGGACUCAUUCGAGUUGUUAUUGAAAAACCAUUUGGUCACGACUUGGCCAGUGCUAGGCAAUUGCAAGAGUCGCUUGCCCCCUUAUUUACCGAAGACGAGAUCUACAGAAUUGACCAUUACUUGGGCAAGGAAAUGGUGAAGAACUUGUUGGUGUUGAGAUUUGGCAAUGAGUUGUUUAGCGGUGUUUGGAACAAGAGCCAUGUAGCCUCCAUCCAGGUUAGUUUCAAAGAGCCUUUUGGCACCGAAGGUAGAGGAGGAUACUUUGACCAAAUUGGUAUCAUUAGAGACGUUAUGCAAAACCACUUGCUUCAAGUGUUGACCUUGUUGACCAUGGACAGACCCGUGUCGUUUGACCCCGAGGCAAUUAGAGACGAAAAAGUAAAAGUGUUGAAGGCAUUUGACAAGAUUGACCCUGAAGAUGUCCUUAUUGGUCAGUACGAUAGGUCGGAAGAUGGGUCAAAGCCCAGCUACUUGGACGAUGAGACCGUGGCCAAGGACUCAAAGUGUAUCACUUAUUGCGCCUUGGCCAUCAACAUCCACAACGAAAGGUGGGAUGGCGUUCCAAUGGUGUUGAGAGCCGGUAAGGCCUUGGACGAAGGUAAAGUGGAAAUCAGAAUCCAGUUCAAGCCUGUUGCUAGAGGAAUGUUUAAAGAUAUCCACAGGAACGAGUUGGUCAUUAGAGUCCAGCCAGACGAGGCCAUUUACUUGAAAAUCAACUCCAAGAUCCCCGGGGUCUCCACCGAGACCACCUUGACCGACUUGGACUUGACAUACUCGAAACGUUACUCCAAGGAUUUCUGGAUCCCAGAAGCUUACGAGUCCUUGUUGAGAGAUGUCUUGCAUGGAAACCACGCCAACUUUGUUAGAGAUGACGAGUUGGAUGUCUCAUGGAAGCUUUUCACUCCAUUUUUGGAAGCACUUGAAAAUAACCCAAAGUUGGAAAAAUACCCAUACGGUUCUAAAGGUCCAAAAGGCUUGAGGCCUUAUUUGAACAAGCAUGGCUAUGUCUUUACCGAACCUGGAAUUUACCAGUGGCCAUUGACUGAACCUGAUGUCAAGACAAAGAUUUAG